AUGAGGCCACGUGAUUUAUGGAGGCUUAUGGUUGAUAUUCUCUCUCGAUGUUUGCAGGAGACUGCAAUAAUCCCACCCGAACAGAUUCUAGAUGAAACUCUUGAGAAUUGCACUACACUUAGUGAAGGGGAAGCCAUGUUGGUGCGUGAUACAGUUUCUGAUACUCUGCAUUUUGAGCGAAUAUGCGAAGGAAUGCUGAAUGGGUACUGUGAUUGUAUGCGGCGUAAUAAAAAUGAUAGAUUCUCCAUGUAUCUUGUGGCGUAUUUAAUUGUUUUCCGCUACACAGUCUUGGGUGGCCAUUGUAUACGAGAUUUAUUGUAUAGAAGCAUGUCAACAUCACGUCUUGUAGAGUAUCUUGAAUACAUGAUCAAUUCAGAAAACUUAAUGCAAUAUUCUUAUCCAUAUUGGAGCAAGUAUUAUGAUGCAAAUUUUAUCAUGAGUAGUGUAUGCAGACCUUUGUCUGAAAUCGCUUCUCAUGUCAAGGAAGAUGUUAUCCAAUGGCUUUUAGGCAAGACAGCUGUUGGUGUCGUGUGCGUAGAAGACACUGAAAACACUCAGAAGGACUCCAAAACCACACAAGAAGUAUCUGAAAAGAAAGAAGAGAAAAUGCUACAAAGGGUAGCGAAUAAUGUAAAGAAACAAAAAGGAAAUGUGCCUCCUAUAGAGGUACGUGAGAUGCUCUACACGAUUCCUGAGAAGCGACCUCCACGUAUAGACUGUACAAAACCACCUAAUGAGGCACCCAAACAGCAAAAGAAAGUUACAGUACCAAUUGGUUUUAGUUUCAUGACGCGAACGCCUCGACCGGCACCCAAAGUGAUAGAGGAGCCUGUAUGCGACACAGAGUCUGUUCGACCAUCACCAGAAAGGUUACGACAGUUGUUGACAAAGUCUGUACCUGUGCGUAUGACUGCCGGUGCUAUUCGAAGAGAGGCUCAGGUGUAUUUAAAGCAAAUGGAGGAUGAGAAACGAGCUCUGGAGAAGGUAGAGAUGUCUCUUCGUGAUUCACGGGAGUUCGAGGAGUGGCAAAAGGAGGGGAAGGCGCACGAUGCGCAAAAACGUGAGGCAGAGCUCUUGAACCGUAAAGUUGAGGUUCAGUGCUCUGCUGAAAAUGCCAUUCACAAGAGGAAGACCCUUGAAGAGAUGAAAAAGGUUGAGUCAACGCAGUUGAGGGCUGAUAUCACAUCGAUGAUUGAGUCCUCUGCGGCAGAGAAAGAGUCUGCGGCAAUAAAACAACGGAAUCAAACUAAUAGGCUACGCCGUGAGUUAGAUGAAAAGAGAAAAAAAGCAGUGAAUCGAGCAUUUCAAGAACGGUUCUCUACAGCAGCUGAUUUGCGAAGGGAGAAUGAACAGCUCAGGGGAGAGGCACUUGAGGAGGAAGACAGACUGCAAACCCAACGUCUCGUCGUCAUUCAGCAGAUACGACAGUUGCGGGAGAGGAACCGCCAACGCAAGGCGGAAUUGAUGGAAUAUAAUAUUCGUCGACAACGGGAAGGACCAGAUGAUGUCACAUAUGGUGGAAUGAGUCUUGUUAUGCUUCGAGAGGAAUUACGCCGGGUCAAAGAAGAGAGCGUUGCAUUGGAAGAUGAGCGGCGUGCACAUUUUCGUGCACUGCGUGAACAGGAACGUGAGAAGAUUAACGCACUCUCAGGCAUUUGCCACGAUGGACGACGAAACAUGCAACGCGCACGGGAUGAAGAACGAAGGUGUAAACAAGCAGAAGCGGAGAAGAUUGAGAUGGUGAAGAAGGAUGAAGAGGAGAAACGAGCUCUGCAGGUACACGGUAUACUGAAACAGAAAAGGAGGGACAGACGCAAUGAGCAGAUAGCUUUAAAAGAGGAAGAGAGAAAAAGAAGAAAUGAGCUAUUGCUCCUGGCUAAGGAUACAUCAAACAUGGAGGAGAAUCACUGGAUGCAGCAGGAGCUCUGCGUCAUUAAUAGACUAACUUCGAAUCAGAAUGAGCGGUUUCAGUCAGGCUUUCGAUAA